UCCGGAUGGACACAGUAUUUUGUAGCCAAUAACUAAUUGCAUAUAUUGCAAUUAAUUUGUUUAAAUCAAUUUAUUUUAAAGAAGAAGAAAAAGUGCCAAAAUGAUGCGUUCAAGCAGUUUGUUUUUCGAUUCCCCCUCGAAUUUAGAGACUAAACAGUUGUAACUGUUAACCAAAAAUCAAAAACUUUGAUUAAAAUAAAAAAAAAUAAAUAAAAAUAAAAUCAAUUCGAAUAUUUUAAAGAACUUUCGCGUGUGUUUUUCGUGUGUUUUGUGGGCAGUGCAAUAUAAAUUGAAUUGAAAGUAUUAUUAUAGAUAGAAAGGAGCUGGAAACAUUUUUUGGGUACAUUCCAUACACAGACAGUGUAUAUAUAUAUAUAUAUAUAUAUUGUAUAUGUAUAUAUCCCGCGCUCGCACACAUUCAGUCUCGAUUUAGUCGAUUUGUUAUUGUUGAUAAGGGUCUUAAGCGCCUAAUGGCAAGUACGCUUAAUAAGACGAGACACAGGCGCAGAUUGGCUGCGAUCUCGUUUCUAUCGAAUAUCUCAUUAGAUGGCACACACAGGGACACCAAAUUUGGGGCAACAUUUGGCGGCAGCAUCUGUACGCAGCAGCAUUACAACAACAACAACAACCACAGCAAUAACAAAGGCAACGCAACGGCAGCGUUGGGACUCGGCGCCGGCGGCUAUCAUCAACAUUAUCAACGCAAUCAUCAGCAGCGCAGCAACCAAACACAACAGCAACAACAACACCAACAAUACCAACACCAGCAGCAGCAACAGCAGCAGAAUGGUAAAUGUGGCGUUGGCAGCGCAGCAGCAGCGCUGCUUUUGUGCAGCGCUGAUGUUCACAUGGACAGCGGCGCCGGCAUCGGGAUGUGUGGCGGUGGUAUCGGCAUGGAUGAGUGCGGCAGCGCUGCAACAGUUGGCGGUGGCAGCGAUGGUGAUGGUUUUAGUGAAACUGAAAAUAUGGGUCAAUACCUGAUGAAUGUGAGCGGUUUGCCCAGCCAGGCUGACAGACGCAACAUAAAGCGGCCCAACUCCUCUGGCCGCCACCAGCAGCAGCUGCAACAGAAGCAUCCUGGCAAGCAGCAACAGCAGCAGCAACGUGGCGGCAGCGGCGGUUCUGGUGCCGAAAGUGGCAGCGAUUCCGACAGCAUCAAAAUACCGUUGAAGGUGUCCAAUUUUGGUAGCGGCAGCUGCGUCGGAGCUGGCAUCAAGCUAUUGCCACUAAGGGAACGCACCUUUAGCAAUGGCGCCAGCGAGCAGAGUUUGCAGCCGGAGAGACGAGCGCGUUUGAAUACGGCGCCGGGUCUGCGAGGAGCAGUGCCAGCGGCCAUUGUUACUGGUGGCCUCAAGCGCAACUACAACAUUCGGAGUGGUUCGAGUGCCAGUCACAUUACGGAUGACAGUAGCACGGAGAGUUUAGCACCUGCCAGCAACUAUGGCGGCAGUUUUCGCAAAUCCGUGCAGAUCAGCGAUGGUCGUCGUGGUCCCGUUCCGGGAUUGGGAUUGGGACAGCGGGAUGAGCGCAUGGUGUUGGUAUCGCGCAAGGUGCCAUUUUUGAUAUUCUCAGCGUUGCCCUACUACAAGGGCAAGAAUGGACGUGCUGAGUUCCGCAAGGAGGAUCGUCGACGUCGGAAUCCAUCCACCUCACGUCCCUUGAGCUCCAUUAACGAUGCCCCCUUCGACCCAUUCGAUUUGAUGGGCAUACAGAAGGCCGAAAGUGGUCAGGAUAUAUCCUAUGGUCAUUUGUUGAUACCAUCGCGUCAGUAUGAGAAGGAGCGCAAGAAACAUGGCAAUACAUCCACGAAUCCAUCAAUUUUCGAGAAUCAAAUGGAGAUAACGAGCACAGCGGCUCUGAGAAAUCAUGGCAUUGCGAGCACAAAAACCAUAACCAAACAUCAAGGCAAAUGGUGCUUCACUUACGAAAAUACGAAUCGCAAUAAUGCAACCAGUCCAACGCCCGAUCUGAAGCUGGACAUGGAAAUUGAGAGCAUCAUUCUAAGUGGCGAUGUGUCACGUGGUCUGCCAUAUCCGCAGUAUUCGGCUAGUAUCUUGGAUGACCCCGAACUGAUUGCUGGCAAGCAUCGCACUCUGUUGACAUUCACCUCGUACAUGACCUCGGUCAUUGACUAUGUGCGUCCAUCGGAUCUGAAGAAGGAGCUCAAUGACAAGUUUCGCGAGAAGUUCCCAAGCAUACAGCUCACAUUGAGCAAGCUUAGAAGCAUCAAGAGGGAAAUGCGUCGCAUUAACAAGCUGGAUACGCGAAUUGAUCUGGUGACCAUCUCGCAGGCCUAUGUCUACUUUGAGAAACUAAUUCUGGCCAAUUUGAUUAACAAGAGCAAUCGGAAACUUUGCGCCGGCGCCUGCCUACUGCUCAGUGCCAAGAUGAACGAUGUCAAGGGCGACUCGCUGAAGAGCCUCAUUGAGAAGACGGAGAGUGUGUUUCGCUUGAAUCGCAAGGAGCUGAUCUCCUCGGAGUUUGCAGUGCUCGUUGCACUCGAGUUCAGUUUGCAUGUGCCGAUGCAUGAGGUGCUGCCGCAUUAUCAACGAUUGCUCUACGAAUCCUAGAACUGGCCCAGGCGCUGCGCCGAAGGACGUUUAACGGCGGCAGCGCAGGCGGCAGUGGCCUUGGCAGCGGCAACAACACGACAUCAUUUGCGGCGCAAGGGCAGUCGAAAGUGAUCGUUGCAUACUUUCUGGCGGAAUCUGUACUUACACAUAAAUGGCAUACUUUUCGGGUGUUGGAUUUUUAUAUACGCAGUACAAUAAUUAUUUAAGUAGCUGAUAGGUUUUUGCUAACGCGUAAGUUUCACGCAAAUCAAAUUGACAACAAAUUUAUAUAAAAAACCAAAACAAAAAGAAAAGGCAUAGUUAUAAUCAAAAAAAAAAAAAAAAAGAAGAUAUACAAACAUUUAAAAACCUUUCCGGUAGUUGGCACUUCCACAAAACACUUAUUAGCUCUUAAGUGUUUAUCUUUUAGCAAGUUAUAUGAUUUUUUUCUGGUUUUUUUGUUAUAGAUCAAGUACGAAUAAAUAAAUAAACUGACUAAAAAUAAA